AUGGAAACUUUAACAAAAGAGACUGAGACUGAGGUUGGGACCUUGGAAACCACACCCUAUGACUAUGAUGAAGGACAGCCGUGUGAGAAGGUCAACAUCAAGGAUUUGGGGGCCCGGCUUCUGCCUCCACUAUAUUCCCUGGUGUUCAUCGUUGGCCUGUUGGGCAAUCUGGUGGUGGUGGUGAUCCUCACCAAAUACAAGCGGCUGGGGAUCAUGACCAACAUUUACCUGCUCAACUUGGCCAUUUCUGACUUGCUCUUUCUAGUCACACUUCCAUUCUGGAUUCACUAUGUGGAGUGGAACAAGUGGGCCUUUGGCCAGUGCAUGUGUAAGUUCUUCACGGGGCUUUAUUACCUGGGCUUGUACAGUGAGAUCUUCUUCAUCGUCCUGCUGACCAUCGACAGGUACCUGGCCAUCGUGCACGCCGUGUUCGCCCUGCGCACGCGCACCGUCACCUUUGGCAUCAUCACCAGCGUCUUUACCUGGGUUCUGGCGGGGCUCGCGGCCCUCCCUGAGGUCAUCUUCCACGAGUUCCAAGAGGAUGAGGAGCAGUCGGUCUGCAGCCCUCAUUACCCAGAGGGUGAGGAAGACACCUGGAAGCGUUUCCACGCGCUGCGAAUGAACGUCAUGGGCCUCGUUCUGCCCCUGCUCAUUAUGGCCAUCUGUUACUCGGGGAUCAUCAAAGCUCUGCUGAAAUGUCCCAGUAGACAGAAGUCCAAGGCCAUCCGGCUCAUCUUCGUCAUCAUGGUCGUCUUCUUCCUGUUCUGGACCCCCUACAGCCUGGCUCUGCUUCUUUCUGCUUUCCAAGUGGUCCUCCCUGAGAACAGCUGUGAGCAGAGCAAACAGCUGGACCUGGCCAAGGCAGUGACAGAAGUAGUGGCCAACACGCACUGCUGUGUCAACCCCAUCAUCUAUGCCUUCGUUGGGGAGCGAUUCCGGAAGUACCUGCACCACUUUUUCCACAGUCACGUGGGCAGAUACCUCCCAUUUUUUCCCAAGGAGAAACAAGAAAGGACCAGCUCCAUCUCCCCAUCAACAGGGGAGCACAAACUGCUCUCUGCAGUGUUCUAG